UUUCCCCUCUCGCGCAUUCGCUCGUCGUUUGAAGCGAUGCGGGAGGUGGAAUGUUUCUCACCGUGAGAAGACGCGAUGAUUAGCGCGCGCGAGACAACAACAAGCGAUACCGUCGCCGCGAGUUGCGGUCGGCGCAGUGCUGAUCAUCGGCAUCGUCGCGGUGGUAUCAGUGACGGUGGCGGCGGCGACGGCGUUGCUGGUGGAGGUGGAGGAGUCCCUCCGUUCACCACUCUCGUCAUUUCCCUCUCUUUCCACCACGUGAGAAUCCUUCCUUGAGGCGAGCCCGUCGGAGGAGAUUGUGCCGUUGGCCGUGCAGCAAUAGAGGGAGAGAACUCGAGCGGCGUCGCGCCGACCUCGGAGGGGUAUUCGCGCUCGUUCCUCUGCGUAUUUCUGCGAGUCCGCUGUGUGCCACGCUCAUACGCAUGCACAUAGGGGACACGUGCAAAUACACGCGUCGAUACGGCGCGCGCGCGCGCGCGCGCGCGCGUGUGUGUGUGUGUGUGUGUGUGUGUGUGUGUGUAGCAUGCAUACUACUAUGCGUUUCUAGUGGUGGAGGAGCUUAGCCGCUGACCGCUGGUGUAGUACACCGAGCAUUCCAGUAGUAUAUAAGGGCGACUCUUCCGCACUGAUCAUGCAGAAGGCGUAGGGGCAUCUCGGUUCACAACACUGCUCGUAUAAUUUUGCCUUUGGUGCCUUUGUCAGGUGACGAUCUUAUGCCGCUUUCGUAAAUUUACUUUCGGCCGCCGAAAGCGGCCUGGUGUCCGCGCGCGGACUCGCUCGUGCCACAUGCUCACUGAAUCUGACAACUUUCAUUUCGGACAAUCCUCCACUUUGAAGGGUGCUAAUAAGAAAAGGACAUCGAGGAAAGGACGCUCCGCGAAAUUAUUGAAUGAUAAGUCGCUUCGCAUCGAGCACACAUUUCAUUUAGAUUGAGAGCAAGUGGAGAGCAUCCUUCCGGGGACCGUAUUACUUCACGAGAAAUGCAAGAGCAUUUCUCAUAUAAAAUGAUAGUGCAUUAUAAUUGGAAGGUAUGAAACAUCACAGCAAUCUCGUGUGUACCGUGCCGCUUGGUUCAACAGGAAAGAUUUAAAAAAAUCGAGGGCUUCCUAACACCUCCACGCCUAUCUCCGAUGGACUUCGCUAUCGUGAAAUCACCUUUCGUUUCCUCUACAAGAUAUAUAUACUCGUCUAAGAUCGCGUCCUUCGUGCAGAGUGUUGGAAAACAUCUCCGCAACAGCAUCGAUCUCUCGACUCGUUCUACGAUCGCCCGCGGCGACAGACAUUGAUUUUUACCGCGAAAGAAUUUCGACUGAAGGUCCUCGUGAUAUCUCUUUCACAGAAUCUUACUGUGAAAAUUAAGAAAAUCCCGACUGAAUCUCCUGUCGUGAUCAUUUCUGCAGAUCGCAAAAAGAGAACUCGAUAAAGAUACAAGGAAUUACGUUACUUGCAUAAAAAUUUCGUUUUGUGAACAUCCUGUUAAAAGAAGAAGUGAAGGACUAACAACGAGCGAGUGACCAGAAAACGUGAUUGAAUCACAGUACUCAACAUGUCUGUUGCGGCUGUCCUUCUGGCAGGAGGAUCCUGGGUGACUGUCUUUUUGUCCUUCUGUCUGCUGUUUCUUCUUCUAGUCCUGUUAGUGCAACGAGGAAAAUUCCUAUAUGAUUUGAGAAAGGUGCCUUAUCCCACCGCAUUGCCUAUCGUAGGCAACGCUUAUCAGCUCAACUGUUCACAAGAAGAGUUUUUCCAGAAGUUGGUGAAAUGGGCGCGCGAGUUUGGUGACAUUUAUCUGCUCUGGGUCGGUCUGCGGCCCUUCAUCUUUCUCUACAGAGUGGAGGCGGUGCAGCCUUUACUCAGUAGCAGCGUGCACAUCGACAAGAGCCUCGAGUACCAAUACUUGAAGCCUUGGCUGGGUACCGGCUUAGUGACUAGCACUGGUGAGAAAUGGCACUUUCGCAGGAAGCUGCUGACGCCGACCUUUCAUAGCGGCCUUCUCGAAGUAUACUUGAAAACCGUAAAAGAAGAGGCGAACAUCCUUAUUUCUUGCCUCAAAAGAGAAGUAGACAAAUGGUUCGACGUUGUUCCUUAUUCGAAACGUGCUGCCCUUGACAUUAUAUGCGAUACUGCAAUGGGCUACAAAUUGAAUGCACAAAAGAAUUCCAAGGACGAAUAUGUCGAAGCUGUGGACAAAAUUGCAUCUAUCGUACAGAUGCGCUUCACGAAUGUAUGGACACAGUCGGAUACGAUUUUCAAGUUGACCAAAGCGGGACAGGAGCACGACCAUUCAAUUCAAAUUAUACAGGAAUUUGUCGACAAGGUAAUUGUGGAAAGGAAGGCCGAAUGGAAACUCAAGCGAGAUGAUAACUUCAAUGAUUCGACGAAAAAGAAGCGAGCAUUACUGGAUUUACUAUUGGAAAUGUCGCAAGAUGGUGCCAUUCUUUCGGAUGAGGAUAUUCGCGAAGAAGUAAAUACAUUUAUGUACGCUGGACAUGACACAAUGGCCACCAGCAUAUCCUGGACACUUUAUGCAUUGGGUCGACAUCCGGAAUACCAAGAAAAGAUUCUAGAUGAAUAUAACAGUGUGCUUGGUAUGGCUGAGAUUACAUUGGAGAACAUAUCAAAAUUAACGUGGUUAGAGGCCUGCAUCAAAGAACAGUGGAGAAUAUACCCAGUAGCCCCGCUUAUCGCUAGGCAAAUUUAUAAGCCGAUUGAGAUAAUGGGCAAUCAAAUCCCACCAGGUUCGACGGUUCUCAUCAACUCCUACUUGCUACAUCGUGACAUCCGUUAUUUCCCCGAGCCGCAUAUUUAUCGUCCGGAGCGAUUUUUGGCCGAUGGCCCAAAACUACCCCCUUAUGCCUUCAUUCCCUUCAGCGCCGGCUCGCGCAAUUGCAUCGGCUGGAAAUUCGCCACGUUGGUCAUCAAAGUGGUCGUUCUGUCCGUGCUGAAAGCUUUCCACGUGGAAUCUCUCGACAAGGAGGACGAACUGCGCCUUAUAUCCGAAUUGGUGUUGGUCAACGCAAACGGAAUUCGUCUCAAAAUUACACCGCGCGAACGAUGAAGAGCGAUUCUUCUUUCUUUCACACUACCAAUUAUCUGAUUUAUUUUCUUCCGAGUGGCGUAUAGGCACCAAGAUGAAUCGAGGAAUUUCCUUCUUACUAAUUUUCGAAACACACAAGAGGAAAUAUUAUUAUUUAUCUAAUACACAAGAGGAAGUUUGUUUUUUGAAGAUUAUUUAUUAUCAUAGUAUCUGAACAUGGAGGAAUGAAAAUAAAAUGUACGUAGAAAAGAAUGCACUCAGUUUUGUGCCCCUGCGUUUUCUUUUGUUCGCGAAAA